AUGAGCCUUCAUUUGCCAAGUGACACUCCGCACCAUGAUUUUCCAAAAGCUGGUAGGCCGUUGCUGCGCAAUGCUUGGUCAGCAUCAACCCUGUUGGGUGGGGUUACUGCCUUAGACAUCCAAGCUGUGAAACGAGAACUACCUGAUGACCCAGCUGAGCUUCGCAAGUACUAUGAGGCAGUGCAUGUGGCUUUGUCAGAGAUGGUGGAAUCGCGUCCGUCAUUGACACGUGGAGUUUCCAGCGCAAGCACCAUUCCAGCGACGACUGAGGAGCUGGCAGCUGCAAGUUUGCGGACGCCACCGAAGGCUGCAACCCCGUCUCCUAAUAUCUACCUGGAUGAGACAGCAUCUGCACGUCCCCUUGUGAAACCCACUGCUGUGAAAGCUGGUGCGGUACCACGGCCUAGUCUACAGGAACUCCAACAGUUGGCUAGGUGCCCAGAACCCAGCACAGCCGAGAGGGUCAAACGCUUGUUGGUUGCCCCAUCCCCAGUCCCGUCCAAAGCUCCACCGGUCCCAAAAUGGACAGUUGCACGAGAGUUGAGCAGGGAGUUUGAUGAGGUUAGUGUAACUCAGGAGCCCCAAGUCCCAGAGUCAAGUUUGGUUUUUCCCAAAGGGAGCGCGCCGCCCCAGACAGUUUGUAACAUGUCCCCGCCGCUGUCGGCGCCUUCAACUCCAGUGGCAGCGCCAAAGGCUUCUGAGGAAGCUCCUUCGAGUCCACUCCCAGGGCCUCUUCUGCCUUCACCUUCCCACCUGCCGGAUGGGGCUGGUGAAGCUGGUGCGGGGGAUGAUGGUCGUGAUACAGAUCAGCCGGCGAUCCUUCAUGUUGCAACCAUGAGCCGAACUGAGAUGAGCAAAGUCAAGAGGAUAGUCCAACCAAAACCGAACUCUGGGAAGUUGGAAGUUCCAAAGGACAUCAUGAACAUGUGGAAUACUGCGAAGGGCAAGGGACAGCUGUUCAAAAUGUGGGCCAAGAGCGGAGGUGUCAAGGCAGUCUUCUUGGAGAAGGUGGAGAUUCUCAGCGUCACCACCAAACGCAAGAAGAUUGAGGUCACUGGUGGCUUCUACUCAGAAGAGGACAUGAAAACGGAAUUGGGUUACAAAGAGAUUUCUGGCUGCAUGUCCAAAAAUGUCCAAUGCAAUUUCAGGAAAAUUGCAAAUAACAAACGCAUGCUGGGUAGUUUUUGGUCUCAUCUAAGGGACCGCAUCGAGAAGAUCAAGAAGCUGGCUAUCGCCAAGAAGCUUGUCAGGGUGUGCGAAUAUGAUGCUGAUGAGCGAGUACUGGGUAAAUGUGAGAACCACUGGAACUCUCUCCCGCGAAGACCUUGA